UCUCAACGGUGAAGGCUACCUUACCUUCUUUCCUUUUUUUUUUUUCGUCGUGAAUAUCUAGAUACUUCAAUUUCGAGUUGCCUCUUAUUAUUAGCCCCUCACUGCCAGUGCUCGCACGAGAUCUUCAAAAUCGACAUUCUUCCAGGUUCUGAACCUCCCUAAAGAAGGACGCCCAUUGAUCCCACUCUUCACCGUCCUUUAAUUUCAACCCUGUAACAAUGCCUUCGCUCGCCUCCGCCCGCUAUGGCAAGGACAAUGUCCGCGUCUUCAAGGUCUCAAAGGAAGAGGGCGGCAGACAGGCCGUCACGGAGAUGACGGUCUGCUGUCUCCUCGAGGGCUCCAUCGACACCUCGUACACCAUCGCCGACAACUCCGUUGUCGUGGCCACUGAUUCCAUUAAAAACACCAUCUACGUCAAGGCCAAGGAGCACCCGGUCAACCCACCAGAGCUAUACGCCUCCAUCUUGGGCACCCACUUCCUCGACACCUAUGCUCACAUCCAUGCCGCCAACGUCCGGGUCGUCGUCCACCGCUGGACUCGCUACGAAGUCGACGGUCGCCCGCAUCCGCACUCCUUCCUGCGCGACGGCGAAGAGACCCGCAUCGUCUCAGCCCGCGUCUCCCGCGACGAGGGCGUCCGCCUCACCAGCGGCAUCCAGAAGCUCACCGUCCUAAAGUCCACGGGUUCCGCCUUCCACGGCUUCGUACGCGACGAAUACACCACCCUCCCCGAGACCUGGGACCGCAUCCUUUCCACCGAUGUAGACGCCUCUUGGACCUGGUCCUUCCCGACCGGCCUCCCGGCUGUUCAGGAGUCUGCCGCCCUUUUCGAUGGCGCCUGGGAGGCUGCCCGCACCAUCACCCUGAAAACUUUCGCCGAGGACAAUAGCGCCAGCGUCCAGAAUACCAUGUACAAGAUGUGCGAGCAGAUCCUCGCCGCCGUCCCGGAGACGCAGUCCGUCAGCUAUGCUCUCCCCAACAAGCACUACUUCGAAAUCGACCUCAGUUGGCACAAGGGCCUGAAGAACACGGGUGCCGAUGCCGAGGUCUAUGCUCCUCAGUCCGGUCCGAACGGUCUCAUUAAAUGCGAGGUUACUCGGUCAUAGACCAGUUCAUUUCUCUAUUUUUCUCGUGGAGUGAAAGUUAUGCUCUAUUUUCUCGGCAGAGGAAGAAGGGUUUGUCUUGGUACGAGGCAGGAUCACCCAUUGGUCAUGGUGCAUGUGGUCAGGCGUUUCUAAGGUAUUGUUUCUUUCUUGCUCUUUGAAGCUUUCGAUUUACGACCAUGCCCAUUGAAAGACUGGGGAACCCGUCCUCUCUCCCCAGGAUAAGCCGGUGAGGCAAGUCCUCCCCGUGGAAAACAUAGCAAGCACGUAGUCCUCUAACGAAGUCGACGAGCCUCCCUCGCUGCAGGCACAUCGAUGUCUGCGACACCUCGCA